UCAUGGAGUGUUGAUUGGUUACUGGGAAAGUGAAAGUAAACUCCGGCCGCGUUCCAAGGGAGAACGCCCGUCGCUUGCAUUGUGAAGGGGCGUGGACGGCGGAUGAGAAAGGGGGGUGCGUGUGCGUGAGUGAGUGAGUGAGUGAGUGUGAAGCCAGGUGCCUUCAGAGAAGCGGCCGGUCCGUUUCUGUGGCCAGGAACAUCCUUCAAGUAUCUGUAGCAAUGUCCAAGAAGUCACUCGAUUGUCCUGCAGCUGAAAAUGGGGAUUGUAGCAAAACUGAGGUAGAAAAUGGGCAUCCAAAUUUGUCGCCUCCCACCCUUGGCGUAUCCACAGUGGAGGAGAUGGUCCAGCAGAUGAAAGAGCUCAUUACGGAGAACAAUGAGCUGAAAGUAGCCAUGAGGCAACGUAACCAAGCUAUGAAGGAUCGCUUUGAGGAGAUUUCUGAGUGGAAAGAGAAGCUGAAGAAAGAGCGGGACUUCUUUGAGUCUAAGUUCAAAGAAGCUAGACAAUGCUUGGCAACCAAAUGUGUUGAGAAUGAAGCUCUUAAGAAACAACUCCAGACUCUGGAAGAAAGAGAGGAAGGGCUCCCAAAUGGAUGCACAGUUUCUAAAAAGGAGAUGACACAGGAACUUGAGCAGCUGAAGAUGCAGGUGACAAAGCUCCAGGCUGAAAAGGCAGACCUGGUUGCCAUCAUUUCAGAGCUGCAGCUUAAACUCAACAGUGCCACAACUGAAGACUCAUUUGUUGAGAUCAGGAUGCACGAAGGAAAAGUGAAUGGAGCCUUAAAAGAAGAUCAAGAUCUUCAUGGUAAAAUAAUGGAUGACAAAGCUACCUAUGUCAGGAGCAGAUCUGUAGAUGAAGCAAAAUAUUUGGAAACUGAAGAGUUAACUGUCAGCCAGCUUCUUCAUUCUCUCAGGAAUGAUACUCAGAAGAGGGAAGCCCUUGAAAAGGAAGUGCGGGAACUUAAGGACAGGCUCUUGAGACUGGAAAAUAAAACAGACGAGAAGGGCACACAGACUGAACAUGUGGAAGAAAAAGUCAAAGAGAGAGCAGAAAGUGUGGACAAUGAAGUAGAAACUCUAAACCUGCAAGUGUCUGCCUUGUUCAAAGAACUUCAGGAUACGCAUGCUAAAUUAAAAGAAGCUGAGGUGAUCCAGAAGAGGCUGCAAGAAAAGUGUCAGAUUCUGGAAAAACAGCGUAGUAUGAAUGCUGGUGACUUGGAUGAGAAGCAGCAGUUGCUGUAUAGCAUUAAGAAGCUGGAACUUCAGGUGGAGAGCAUGCAGUCAGAGAUCAAGCUGGAGCAAGCCAAAACAAACGAUGAGAAAACCAAAUUCAAUACACUGCAAGAUGAAUACAACAAACUGCUACCUGAACUGACAAUUGCAAUGCAAACUGUUGAACAAUUAAAAAGCAAAGAGGCAGAAAGAAUAGAUAAGUCCGUGGCCGAAGAGCUAAUUCACAAACUGGAUCUAGCAGAGAAAGCGCUGGCUGCCAAACAGUUCCAGAUUGACGGAAUGAAGCAGACCAUUGCAAAGCAGGAGGAAGAGCUCGAAACAGUGGCUGUCCUCCGAGCUCAGAUGGAAGUGUAUUGCUCUGAUUUCCAUGCUGAAAGAGCUGCACGAGAGAAAAUCCAUGAAGAAAAAGAACAGCUGGCUAUGCAGUUAACAUACUUGUUGACGGAAAAGCAGGACCAUGAAGACCUUGGCAGGAACUCACUGGCAGAAAUGCAAACCCGUCAUGGAACUAGGCUACCAUCAGAUCAGGAUAAUUUAUCUCACUUUUCCCAAGGAGGAACAGAAGAGCAAAACCGCUGGCAGCAACAAAGAGAUCUUCCAGUACAUUCUUGUCCAAAGUGUGGAACGAUUCUUCCUGAUAUAGACACACUUCAAAUUCAUGUCAUGGACUGUAUCAUCUAAGUACCAUCCUCCAAAAUAAUUCAUAAAUGAGAACUGCACUUUCUAAGCAAAUUCGUACAUUUCCACAUUCUAUUAGAAAGCUUGAUCUUUGGAAUUUAAUAGGCUUUUUAACAAUUGAAAUUAUUAGGCUUUAACUAUAUAUAAUGGAGAUAGAAGUUGGGGAAGAAUGAGUAUUUUAGACAUAUCAGAUCUGUUUCUGACUGAAUUGGUCAGUUACAACUAUGAGAACUAAGAUGGUUAAAAGAGAGAAUAUUAAUUCCAUUGCACAAGUUGUUCUUUGAGAGUCAAAGAGAUGUAUUUGUAGACCUUCAUGUGCAUUUACAUAUGUGCAUGAACAUGUGUGCAUAUUUUUGCAGUCUUGUGGGCAUCCACAAAUGUUCUCAUGGAUAUGUGUAAUCGCCAGUGCAUUGCUUGAGUUCAUGCAUAUGUUCAUGUGGAGCGAAUGUAUAUGAAUGUGUGUGAUAAUCUUAAUCAGGAAGAAAAACAGGUUAAGGUCCUGAAGAACUGACUUCUUUGUUUCAUGUGAUCUUGUGUCUCACUUCCAAAUACGGUACACAUGAUUACUACACUUUGUCACUGCACAUGCCCAAUACUUUUCAAGUCAGUGAAAAAGUGUUUGGACUUCCACUGAUACCUGCAAGUAUGACUGGAAUUGAAAAAGAUGUUGAGACUAUUGAGGAGCCAAAAUUAGUACUGAUCUCAUUUGCAGUUUGCUUCCUGUUAAUUAGGAAACUAAUAUAUAUAUAUUUGACUUGAUUUAAUGUAUUUUAGUAGUUGACCGUUUAAAACAACCUGAAUUCUUUUUUCAAAGGCACCUUAAACAUGUACAGUUCUCAGGAGCUUAUGGAGUUUACUGUUGAAUCAGAAGGGUAAGGUUAAAUUAUCUGGCCCUAAAGGCCAAUAUUCCAAUACUAAAUUACCACUAAUCUAAAUUACAUUGUGCUAGCAUUAAUGACCUCUAGCUUGAGGCCAAAAGUUUUCCAGGGAAGCUUGUCCUGCUAGCAAGUACUAGAGUUCUUUUGCAUUAACAUAACAUAAUUUGUGCUAAAAGUAGUGUCACAUUGGAUAUUGCCAAGAAUAUCUAACUUGCUGGUCUGCCAUUUCACCAUUCUCUGAAGUAUUUUUAAAAAAUCACUUAGCAUUAUCCUUGCUGCUCCUGCUGCUGUUGUUUGCUGUCAUUUCCAAGUUACGACAACCCUAUGAAUAAGGUCUUUACAUUAUUCUUAAAGACCAUUUAAUGACAUGAGCUUAACUGAGUUAUCAUACUGUAAGGAAAAUAAAACCAUAUUAUAAAA